GUGACGUCAGCAGCUGAGGCCGGAGCUGUCCAUCAGCACCAAAGGCCGCGGGCGGGCUCAGGGCAUGGGGCCGCGGUUCUGGGGCGGCCCGAGCCCCUGCUCCUGCUCCUUUCCUUUCCCCAGGAGCCUGAGUCCCCGGACGCCGCGGCACUGGAGUGCCACCCGGUGUUGGAGGCGGAGCAGCGACGCCGCCGCGCAGAGGCCGGUCCCUCUGGCACAGCAGCUUCCGUCCCCGCACGGUGGACUUUUUUCGGACCCCAGUCAAUCGGGGCCUUUGGGGCCCCGCAUCCUCGGAUCCUCUGGCCACGGCGCCGCCUCUUCAGCUCAGAAGCUCAGGUCCUCCAGCCCAGGCUGACCUGGGAGGGUAACACCUCUCCAUUCCCAGCACUAUGCCAGGCACUGUGGCGACGCUGCGGUUCCAGCUGCUGCCCCCUGAGCCAGAUGACGCCUUCUGGGGGGCACCCUGUGAACAGCCUCUGGAGCGCAGGUACCAGGCGCUCCCGGCCCUCGUCUGCAUCAUGUGCUGUCUGUUUGGAGUCAUCUACUGCUUCUUUGGUUACCGCUGCUUCAAGGCAGUGCUCUUCCUCACGGGGUUGCUGUUUGGCUCAGUGGUCAUCUUCCUGUUGUGCUACCGGGAGCGGGUGCUGGAGACACAGCUGAGUGCUGGGGCGAGCGCAGGCAUCGCGCUGGGCAUCGGGCUGCUCUGCGGGCUGGUGGCCAUGCUGGUGCGCAGUGUAGGCCUCUUCCUGGUGGGGCUGCUGCUCGGCCUGCUGCUCGCCGCUGCCGCCCUGCUGGGCUCUGCACCCUACUACCAGCCAGGCUCUGUGUGGGGCCCACUGGGGCUGCUGCUGGGAGGCGGCCUGCUCUGUGCCCUGCUCACACUACGCUGGCCACGCCCUCUCACCACUCUGGCCACUGCUGUGACUGGUGCUGCACUCAUUGCCACCGCCGCCGACUACUUUGCCGAGCUGCUGUUGCUGGGGCGAUACGCAGUGGAGCGGCUACGGGCUGCCCCUGUACCCCCACUCUGCUGGCGGAGCUGGGCCUUGCUGGCACUCUGGCCCCUGCUCAGCCUGAUGGGUGUCCUGGUGCAGUGGCGGGUGACAGCUGAGAAGGACUCCCACACAGAAGUGGUCAUCAGCCGGCAGCGACGACGUGUGCAGCUGAUGAGGAUUCGGCAACAGGAAGAGCGCAAGGAGAAGCGGCGGAAGAAGAGACCCCCGCGGGCCCCCGCAAGAGGCCCCCGGGCUCCUCCAAGGCCUGGCCCUCCCGACCCUGCUUAUCGGCGCAGACCAGUACCCAUCAAACGCUUUAAUGGAGAUGUCCUCUCCCCGAGUUACAUCCAGAGCUUCCGGGACCGGCAGACAGGCAGCUCACUGAGCUCCUUCAUGGCCUCGCCCACUGAUGCAGACUAUGACUAUGGGUCCCAGGGGCUGCUGACGACAUGCUCAGGGCCCCCUGUGCGAGUAUAG